AUGUCCGACAAACUCACCCGUGUCGCUAUCGUCAACAGCGACAAGUGCAAGCCCAAGAAGUGCCGUCAGGAGUGCAAGAAGUCCUGCCCCGUCGUCCGCUCCGGAAAGCUUUGCAUUGAAGUCGGCCCCGACUCCCGCAUCGCCUUCUUGUCCGAAUCACUAUGCAUCGGUUGUGGUAUUUGCCCCAAGAAGUGCCCCUUCGGCGCCAUCACCAUUAUCAAUCUGCCCACGAACCUCGAAACCCAGGUCACCCACCGUUAUUCUGCCAACAGCUUCAAGCUCCACCGUCUGCCUAUGCCCCGUCCCGGUAAUGUCCUGGGUCUCGUUGGUACCAACGGUAUUGGAAAGAGUACCGCUCUGAAGAUUCUUUCUGGAAAACUCAAGCCCAACUUGGGUCGCUACGACAACCCCCCUGACUGGGAAGAUGUCAUCAAGUACUUCCGUGGUUCUGAGCUUCAGAACUACUUUACGAAGCUCCUGGAAGACGACCUCAAGGCCGUCGUCAAGCCUCAGUAUGUCGACCAGAUCCCUCGUGCUGUCAAGGGUCCCCAGAAGACCGUCAAGGCCUUGAUCGAUGCUCAAAGCUCCCUUGGCAACAAGAAGGAGGUUUGCGACGUCCUGGAGCUCAACCACAUCAUGGACCGUGAGAUCAACUUCCUGUCCGGUGGAGAGUUGCAGCGUUUCGCCAUUGGAACCGUCUGCGUACGCAAGGCCGACGUGUACAUGUUUGACGAGCCCUCUUCCUACCUCGAUGUCAAGCAGAGAUUGGCUGCCGCUCGCAUUAUUCGCUCUCUCCUCCGCGAUGAUGACUACGUCAUCGUUGUCGAGCACGACUUGUCAGUCCUGGACUACCUUUCCGACUUCAUCUGCGUUUUGUAUGGUCAGCCAGCCGUGUACGGUGUUGUUACCUUGCCCCAGUCUGUUCGUGAAGGUAUCAACAUCUUCCUCGACGGUCACAUCCCCACUGAAAACUUGCGUUUCCGUGACGAGUCCCUGACAUUCAAGAUGUCCGAGGCUGCGGAUGAGUUUGCCGCCGACAAAAGCCGUGCUUUCAAGUACCCCAAGAUGGAGAAGACCCUGGGCAACUUCAAGCUGAGAAUCGAGUCUGGUGACUUUACCGACUCAGAGAUCAUUGUCAUGAUGGGUGAGAACGGAACUGGAAAGACUACCUUCUGCCGUAUGCUUGCUGGUGCGCUCAAGCCCGACAACAAGGCCCAGGUGCCUGAGAUGAAGAUCUCCAUGAAGCCCCAAACCAUUACCCCCAAGUUUGAGGGUACCGUCCGCCAGCUCUUCUUCAAGAAGAUCAGGGCUGCUUUCCUCUCCCCUCAGUUCCAAACUGAUGUUGUCAAGCCCCUGAAGCUUGACGACUUCAUCGACCAAGAGGUGAAGAACUUGUCUGGUGGUGAAUUGCAGCGUGUUGCCAUCGUUCUUGCUCUCGGUAUGCCCGCCGAUAUUUACCUGAUCGACGAGCCUUCCGCCUACCUCGACUCCGAGCAGCGUAUCAUCGCUUCCCGUGUCAUCAAGCGCUUCAUCAUGCACGCCAAGAAGACUGCCUUCAUCGUCGAGCACGAUUUCAUCAUGGCCACCUACCUUGCUGACCGUGUUAUUGUCUUCGAUGGCAAGCCCGGUAUCGACGCUCAUGCCAACAAGCCCGAGUCUUUGCUUACCGGCUGCAACACCUUCCUCAAGAACCUUGACGUCACGUUCCGUCGCGAUCCUACCAAUUUCCGUCCUCGUAUCAACAAGCUGAACUCUCAGCUCGACCAGGAGCAGAAGUUGGGUGGAAACUACUUCUUCCUGGACGACAGCGACAAGACGAACUGA